AUGGCGUCAAGCUCCACAGAAAGAACUCCUUUGAUGUCCUCCUUGUCAGGCACAGGACGAACGAUACCGCCCAAGCCUCAGCGUACAGUCACAUUCAGCUCGACGGUACUCUCUACAAGCCCGAAACAGCCAUCGCGCGCCUUAUCUCACGGCGCGUCCUCUUCCGGAUAUGCGCCAACCACUCAAGGCGGACAGCCCAUGCUGUCGACGCUCAACAGCAAAUUGAGACGGAGGAACAGCUCGGGCGCGCCUGCAAGAAUGCCACCAGCACCUGCGCCAAAGCUAGGUCCCCAGCGAACAACAAGAACUGCACAAAAGUUGAAGCUCCUUCCCGAUCCGGCUGCUGAAGAUGGAGACGAGGACGAGGAGAGUGGACGCGAUGUAUAUGUGCAGUACACCAGGAUCAAAGAUCCUACUGCGAGGAGAGACGCAGCGCGACUAGGCAAGGCGGACAGGGAACGGCUACCUCGGGUGACAGCCUACUGCACCGCAGCCUCAUACAAGCUGGAUGAGAUGAUGCGAUUCUUGAAAGGAAAGUCGAAGAUUAGAGGAGCUGCACCGAAGCGCUUUGACGAGUGUAUCUACUCGCCUUACAAUUACGGAAUCAAAGGACCAGAGGACGUUGCUAGUAGCAGCGCGCUGGAUGGUAUUCCCGCCCAAAGAACACGGCGAUUUUCAGACAGUGCUAUCGAGGUGGAACAUGAGAGCGAAAGGAGACGGCAGGACCUCAUUGAUCUACAUCAUCAGGGCGAUGCACCCGAUAUUGGCAACGAAGAUGGUGUAGAGCGACCUCGCCGCCCGUCGAUGACGCACGCCGAUUCCGAUCCGGCAACCGACACACCUGACUUUGACACGCAGGUACAUACGCCAGAAGUCUUUUUAUUCGAGUAUGGAACCGUUGUGAUUUGGGGCAUGACCUUGCAGGAAGAGAAGCGGUUUUUGAAAGAGAUUGCGAAAUUCGAAGUUGACAAACUUGGCAAGGACGAGGUUGAGACGGAAGACUUCAAUUUUUACUACACGCGCGAAUACCAGGCCCGGAUAUACAACGACUUUAUUAGUUUGAGGGACAAGAAGAACUACAUGAUCAAGUUGGCGAUCAGUCACGGGCUCUCGCAGAGUGUCAAGACAUCGUUGUUUGAGGACCUGGUAGACAACACGAUUGACGAGACGAAGGACAUACCCGCACAGAUUGCGAGCUCAGGGAAGAUCAAUUUGAACAAGAAGCAGAUCAACAUGCAGAUUGGCGAGUUGUUCAUUUUGCGCAUCAGUAUCCAUCUGCAGGGCUCCGUGCUCGAUGCGCCCGAGCUCAUGUGGGCUGAACCGCAGCUGGACCCUGUGUACCAGGCUGUGCGGAGCUAUCUGGAAAUGGAUCAGAGAGUUAGUCUUCUGACGGAGAGGCUGAACGUCAUUGGUGAUCUGCUUGCGGUUUUGAAGGACCAACUGACAGCUACACACGGCGAACUACUGGAGUGGAUCGUUAUCAUCUUGAUUCUGGCCGAAGUUCUCGUUGCUGCCAUCAACGUCUUUGUUGACUUGCAAGCCGCAGAUUAA